AUGAGCGCCGCGCCGCCGGUUUUCCUGGGCUCCGAGGUGGUGGAGAAGCACCUGCAGCGCGCCAGCCUCCUGGUCCCUUCGCUGGAAGCUGCCCUGGCCAAUUUCUCCAGCGGCGCGGAGGGAGGCGUCGUGCAGCCAAUCCGCACCGUCGUGCCGGUGCAAAAGUACAGCGGAUUUUUAGGGGUCAUGCCUGCUUACAGUGCAAAGGACGAUGCUCUAACAACUAAACUGGUAACCUUCUAUGAACACAAAAAGGAUUCUUCUGUUCCCUCUCACCAAGCAACUGUAUUACUCUUUGACCCAAGAAAUGGCUCUUUAAAAGCUGUCAUGGAUGGCAGUGUCAUUACAGCAAAACGAACUGCUGCAGUUUCUGCAAUAGCUACCAAGUUCUUAAUGCCAGCUGAUGCAGAAGUGCUGUGCAUUCUAGGAGCUGGUGUUCAAGCCUAUAGCCAUUAUGAGAUCUUCACAGAGCAGUUUUCAUUUAAAGAGGUCAGGAUAUGGAAUCGCACUAAGGAGAAUGCUGUGAAGUUUGCUCGCUCAGUUAAGGGUCCAGUGCAGGUUUGCUCCUCUGCUCAGGAGGCUGUCACCGGAGCUGAUGUGAUUAUAACAGUCACCAUGGCAACAAUGCCAAUUUUAUUUGGAGAGUGGAUAAAACCAGGUGCCCAUAUCAACGCCGUUGGGGCAAGCAGACCAGACUGGAGAGAGCUGAAUGAUGAAGUGAUGAAGAAUUCUGUCCUAUAUGUGGAUUCUCGAGAGGCUGCUCUGAAUGAAUCAGGAGAUGUUAUAUUAUCAAGGGCAGAGAUUUUUGCUGAGCUGGGAGAGGUAGUGAAGGGGACAAAACCAGCUUUGCCUGAGAAAACAACAGUGUUCAAAUCUCUGGGGAUCGCAAUUGAAGACACUGUGGCAGCAAAAUUAGUUUAUGAUUCCUGGUCAGCUGGUAACUAAAAUGAAGAGCCUGCAAUACUAAGAAGGACAAAAUAAUAUAAAGAAAAUGGUUCAUACUUAGUUUUCUUGUACCAUUUCUUUAUAAGAAAAGGAAAUAAUUCCAUAGGGAAUAUAAUACUUUAUAACUUUCAAUAGUCAAUAUUAAAAUUACAACAUAUAUAGCAUUUACUUUUAUUCUUUAAUAUCAAAUAUCUAAAGUUUGUGAAGUUACUAACAAAUGUAUUUCUGUGCAUUUUGAUAUCCUUUGGAAUAAACCACUUUUGCUUCCUAAUGUACAAUAGCUAGCAGAAAAACUGUGUGCAGAUUUCAUGUCUGUGGAGAGCUAAUUGGUACUGUGGUAAAAUGCACUAGUGUGGAACUGCAGUUUAAAUCUGGUAUCAUGUCACUAGUGAUAGCUGUCUCACUUUAAAUCCCAGUGGGACAGUUCUCAGCAUGAUGAAAUCACCAUCAUUCAGACAUCUAUCCAUCCGGUCUCUGGAAAGGCCUGAAUCUGAAAUGCUGUAGGUUACAGUUAGAGUGUGUUAAUCAAAAAGGCUAAAUAGUUAAUCAAGGUCAGUGCCUGGCUAUGCUGGGACUUAGUAUUAUCAGUUUAUGAUGGUCAUGAGAUUCACCCAAAACUUCAGCGUUAAACAGUUUUUUCUUUAAAAAUAAAUAAAUAAUAUUUCACAUAUUCUUUUGGGAGAUUUCCUGAUUUAAUAUGUUCAUAAAUUCUCUACUAAGGCUCUCUUAGGUUAGAGUCAUGCUGACUUAUUUCAGUGGGAUAAACUUCUUCCCAGUGUAAAGACAAACCUUUUCAGUGCUGAGGUUUGUUUGUGUCUUGAGUUGGUGAGUGGACUGGUAAUCAUGCUUUUAGCCAUCUGAGCAUUGCUUUAAAGGAGCCUCUGUGAUCCUUUCUUGACAGGGGAACCAAGGGUGACAUGCUAGGUAAGGAAAAGUUCCUGUUCUAUGCAAACAACCUAACUGUUUUGCAUAGACUACACAUCUGUUAAUAGAUGUCUCUUGCCUUGGGAAAGAGUUUUGAGCUUGGGCUGUAUUUGUGCCUUAUAAAAUUGUUUGUAUCUACGUUUUAUACCAUGCAGGUCAUUAAAUAUUUCUUCAUUCCAUGGGGAUGUAUAUAGCACAGUCAUUUGUAAUGCUGCUAGUACAGCAUAGAGAAGCAAUAGACAGGAGGUACAGUAGAAUGUAUUGUUAAAUCUCUGGGUGGUGCAUGAGUAAAUUUAUUAAGAGAAUUAGGGGCAAAAGUCACAGGUGACAUAAUUUGUGUGUAAGUUACAAGCCUUUUGUAAACUCGUCAGAAAAUGGGAGUAAAUUGCAUAUAGUGUAAUUUGCAUAGAUUUAGCAAUGAGGGGGUAACAAACCCAUAAAUCUUUUGGGUCAAAUGAUGCUCUCUUUUACAUGGGUGCAAAAUCCAGAGUAAUUCCACUGACUUUUCACUGGCAUAAGUGAAUGCAGAAUUUGUCCUCUUAACCUUUGCAUUUUUAAAUUGUAAUUAUGUGACCUUAGAAAUUCUGUUAUGAAAAAAUUCACAUUUAAUGUACUGAAUAUUUUGAAAUCUGUGCAUUCAUUUAGCAAUGAUGGACUAACAACACUGGGAUGAUCCAAGUGUAACAUGGGCUACCAAAGUGAGUUUCCACACAUAAAUCUGGCAAAACAGUAAUACCAUCUAGCAACACUGCUAUCCCAGUGCUAUGCCUCUCUUGAACAAGGAUUACAGUUCUGGCCAGACUGAGUAACGUUUUGAGAUGGGGAACUAAUGGGGACUGAAAUGAGAACCCCAAAUGGUUCAUUUCCACAUGUGAAAUAAGCCAGCCUUUGUGUUUGGUUCUCUGAAGAUGGAACAGUUUAUGCACUAACUCGCUGCCCAGUGUUUUAUUCUGAUGUCUGAAAAUAAAAAAUGAGAUGGAUCCAAUCGAAGGACUUGAUCCUGACCACCUGGAAUUUCCAUUGGCUUCAGUGGGAAAAGCAGGUGCUCAGAGCCAGGCUCCAAAGCUCCACAACUGGACAUUUCUAAACUUUGGGGAAGUUUGGAUUCAACUCUGGAUCCAGUUUUCAUAAACUUAACUAAAUACCCAGAUCCAAGUGCCCCCCAACUUUGUAAACUUUCAGAGCUGAAUCUGAACAUUACAGCUUGAUCCCAUCUCUAAUAAAAAUGAUUCUUGGUCAUUUUCCAUUUGGGUAUUAUGUUAAAUAGUUGCCAAAAUGUGACUGCUAUCAAAGUGCUGUAUCAGCUGAUUCACUUUCUGACUUGACAUUUCUCUCUGUAUUUUCCAUUAGCAUUUCCAAUACCAUACUGAGAGGGCCAUUUAAUUGUAGCGAAAUUGCAGCACGUUCAGAUGGGAUUUCCAAAGGAGCCUAGGAACGUUAACUGUACUUCAGUGGAAGUUGUAUGCCUUGCUCCCUUAGCUUCCUUUGAAAAUUCCAGCCUAGAUUUAUAUAUUUUUCUUCUUUCACAAAUCCCAGUGGUACAGCCUCAGGAUGAGUGUCAUGUGCAAGAGACAUGUAAGGUAAAAUGAAGGGGAAACUUUUUUAUUUGUAGUGAUCUUUCAUUUUGUUGUCCAUUAUUUGUUAAAACUCUUUUUUAGAAAAUCAAAACAACUUUUUCUGUCUAAUUUGUGCUGCAUCUUCCUGUGAUUUUUAGCACUGCAAGUAUCAACCUGGCUGUCCAUUGUAGUAAAUUACUUGCAGAGGGAAAAGAAAACAAGCCAACUCUGCUUCACUCCUGAGCCUGGACUUUCCAGUCUCUGGUAAUGCAGCACAAUUUGUAUUCACUGUGCAGCCUGUCCAGUUUAGACUGUAAGCUCCGUGGGGAAGGGCCCACUGCUUCUGUAUGCUACACAGGGCUGAGCACACUGGUGGGGCUUAACAAAUAAUUAUGCGGGCAUAGAUUUGGCUGGAUGCUUUUACCCACAGUGUUUAAAGUCCUUCUAGAUGAAAGGCACCGUAUAAAUGUAGGCCAUUAUUACUAAUGGGUCGAAUUUUGGGCCAAUUAUAAAGACUUCUGAAUGGGCAGAGGGUUUGUUUAAACAAGGAGAGCUGCUUUUGAGAGAGCUUCAGGAAAUGACACUGCAGAUUUCAUAAAUGAAGAACUAAAAUGCAUCCCUCCAAAUUGAAGCAUAUUAACAGGUGGCCAGAGUGCUGUUCUACAGUAGGAGCCACUUAUAAAGAUGUUGUUCUUCAAGGGAAUUGCUUCAAGAAAAGUUUUUUUGUUUUUUGUUUAUAAUUUAAAAUGAAGGAACUUUAUCAUGUGCAUCCAGGCAGUCAGCCCCCACAUAGGAUAUUGCUGUCUGCACCAUUAGGAGGUGUGCUGAUUCUCAAAGCUGGUAUCAAUAAAGUACAUUUACAAGUGGAAACACAAAGGGUCAGAUUUUUAAAGGUAUUUAUGUGCCUAAAAAUGCAGAUAAAUGCUUCUGAAAAUGCCAUUAAGUGACUAUCUGCAUCUUUAGGUGUCUGCAUACCUUUAAAACUUUGGCACAAAGAGCCAUGUUAUGCCUAUGACUUUGUACUCUGGUCCAAUUUCUUGUUGGCUAUAUUUUAACUGUACAACACAGUACAGAGACUGGUUAUUUAUUUCUGCUGAGACUCCAGUCAAACAGGCAACAUCAUCAGCAUAGAAUUAUUGAUGACUGUUCUGUGGUAAGGGUGGCCAUGUAGCAGUUCCAUCUUUAGUGGCUUCAUUCCCAGAUGGGUUGAUGAUGUGGUGAGAGAGUCCUAAAUAAACACCGGUAACGUGUGGAGGGCGCCAGAGGUGAGGGGAGACUGCAAAUUGUAACUGGAUUCCAGACAUCUGGAAAAGUCAAUGCAAGUGGAGUUUAGCAGGUAAAUAAGGAAGGGGAGGGUAAUCAUGGGCCCAGUCCAGCAGUCUAUACUCAGGCAAAACCCACUGAGUUUUUAAAUCAAUUUGCCUGACUAAGGAUGACAGGAUUUGGCCCUUCGCUAGCCUCUUGUCAAAUGGCUCAGCUAGGAUGCCUUCAAGCACAUAAAUAUUUUCAAGAUCCUUUUUCUUUCUGUGUUAAACAUUUAGUUAAUUAUCAACUGGGGUUUUUUAUAUGGAAAAAAAUGCUGUCUGGUUUAAUUAAUGUUCUGAGCACUGCAGCUAUUGUAAGUUGCACAGCAUGGAACUCCAGAACAACUGCCUAAUAGAAAGAAGUGUUGACGCAUCAAUACAUUGCCUUCCGUGGAGGAAAAUAAACGAUCUAAAGUAUGGUUGAGGCAAGAAGAUAUGUUGUUUCAAUAAACUAAGGAACAGGAGGAAGGAGCAAAAAGAGUGGAUCAUGAAAAGUGUUAAAUAGAUUAAAAACUGGUGCCAGUGUCCGCAAAGGCAAUGUAAAAGUAUAA